CGCGCCGAUGUUUGUGCUCACUGAGGCGAAGGAGAACUGAGGGGUCCACGCCAGAGGAAUAGCUGUGUGAAGAUAUUCUUUGAGGUAAAGGGGCAGCAUGGAUGAAGAGGAGCAGUUUGUGAACAUCGAUCUGAACGAUGACAAUAUCUGCAGUGUCUGCAAGCUUGAGACAGAAACAGGGACCUUAUCUUUUUGUCAUGUCUGCUUUGAACUAAGCAUCGAAGGCGUCUCCUCUGCCACCUUGUUGCACUCAAAGUCCCUGCGAGGCCACAGAGACUGCUUUGAGAAAUGCCACCUCAUCGCCAACCAGAAGCUGUCACGUUCCAAGGUCUCCAGAAGUGCCUACGAGGGCAUGAAGCUGGCCCUCAGCCAGAAACUGAACCGCAUCAUCCAGUAUGCACAGAACAAAGACCCCGUCUCCUCCAACGGCACCAGCAGACGGGGGGCCAAGCUGCUCUGUCUCAGCCAGCAGAGCGACUGCAAGCUGCUGCCCCAGUCAGACGCACAGGUACCACGGUACGCCCCCCGCUGGGACACGUGCAAAGCUGCGGGGCUGCCUGAUUACGCCAUGGGGAUGUUGGAGUGCCACACUGCGGAGGAGCUGGGGCUGCUGCAGGAGUCACAGUCUGAUGUUUGGUCUAAAGAUGGCAGGAAAGGUCUGCACAGCCGGAAACCAUCAUCAGGAGGACAGACACAGCACAGAUACCAGGGACACAGCAGAGAUGAAUUGUCUAAAAUGAGUGUGGAUGAACUCCAUCAGCUGAACACCCAGCUACUGAUGCAGCUACAGAAGGUCUUUGAGGACCUGACCGUGGCCGUGCAGGAAAAAGACUCAUUGGCGUCGGAGCUACAUGUGCGUCACAUCGCCAUCGAGCAGCUCUUCAAGAACUGUGCCAAACUGCCGUGGCUUCAGAUCAGCAGGGCCGGAGUCAAAGCUAGCAGCAGUGGCAGCAGCGGCCCCGUGGAGUGACGACCAAGAGUGAGGCGGAAGCUGACGAACACUUUAAGCUGUCUGAGGAGCCUUUAUGUACACUGAGUGACUUUUACAGCACUACGGCGGUGUAAGAUCUACAUUAGAGAAGCAUUAAAGGCUGAGUGGACUUGGCCUCUGCUCUCCUGGUUGCAGUGAUGAUGCAAGGAUUAACAGUGGUUUGCUGUUAAAACAAACUGCUCAUAUGGCCUGAAUUACACCCAACUCAUGGACUCAGAAUAGAUUUUGAUAGUGGAGUUGGGCCCCAGUACAAGACGAGGAUGUCUUUUCUUCAUGAAAGAUUUACCUUCACAUAGACUGAAAACUGUGUCUGCAAAAUUCUCAUCAAUAAUAUUUGUCUGGUUUUAUUUUUUACUUUGGUUUAACUUUUGUCAAACGUUUCAGUCAAACAGUUUUCAUUUUUAGAUACUUUUGAGUUUCUUGUCAUGUUAGACAUGACUUUUUAAUCCUGGGUUUUAGCAUUGCUGAAUACUUCUCUGUAUGUCAUCUGAUGGUGUGUUACAGUAUUGUAUAACAUAGCUUUGAUGCAGAUUAUAGGGGCAAUGGUAGUAUGAGCAUUUCAAGUGCAUUUGUAACUAAAAAUAGAAGCACAUGUGCGUAAAGCCUUUGAUAAGCUGCCCAAUCUACCCACCUACCUAUCAGACACUGCUGAAAGUAGAGUUUGAUUUGUCUUUUAAUGUUAAAACAUUAACAAGGUUUUAUUUUGUUUAUCUAAGCUGCUCAAAGUGGCGUAAUGAAUUCAAAAUUAGUUUCAGCCUUACUCUCAGAUGCUCUAAUUGGACAAGACAGUUUGAGCAGAUAUUCCUACAAAUACUCAACAUUUUACAUUCUUAGGGCCUGUGUCCAUAGCUGCAGAUUUUUGCACUGAAGGCACCCACAAUCUCUCACAGAUGCUUAUUGUUGCUAGGUAACAAAAGUUGACUUCUGCUGUUCUCUAAAGGAUCUGUAAGGUCUGUGUCAAACAGCGCCUUGUGCUUAGUAGUUGCCUUUGUUCAAGGAAAUAUCAAAACAGUUGUCAAGGUAUCCUGUCCUGGUAUUGGAAGCUGAUCUUGGUUUGGAAUUCGUGCCCGAGUCAGAUCUAAUGGUCUCUCCUCUGCCAUUGCUUUUGACAAAGCUAAUAUCAGAAAUCCUGCCCAUCUUUAAUAAGAUUGGUCAGUGAGGGAGAAGUGACAAUAGCAAGCACAGAAUUGUUCAAAAAAUGUAACUUUUCUCAGCUGAGACUACCAUGAGCAUCGUUGUUAGGUAGUGUUAUUUUUUAAACAUUACAACCCUUGUUGCCCUCAUACUUGCGUGCAUCUGUCAUGUUGGAGUGGACAACUAACCCACUAGUUGUCGCCAUCUUUCAUGGAGCUACUUUGUUGCUGCUCCGUCCAUCCCAUAGACUGAAGAAAGAACCAUCUGUCCUCUGCUCAGCUGUGCUUUUGUAGUUGUCCCUGUGCCCAGUUGAGCGAAUAUCAUUGAUAUUUUUAGAAACUCACUCAAUAUAUGGAGGUAUUUUUUUAAACUCAGUUAAGUUCCACCUUUUUUCAAAACGAUUCUUCUUUGUCGUCUUCUGCUCUAGGGUCAGGUUUGCCGAUGGUAUUGCUAGGUUUGGUCCGUAUCAUUAAGCUUUGCGAGAAUAUACAAAAAAGGAUGAAAUGAACGCUGAGUAUGAACAGAAAGGUCUAUGUGUAUCCGUCUCAAAUGUAGAAUAUCAAUGAACUUUUAUAUUAUCAAAAAUGUAAACCCAAGUUAGUUGCAAAAACAGCACACAGCUGACAGUAGACUUUUCUCUGCCUUCAAAUAUGUCGCCCCCCACGUCAUUACAAAACCUUGUCUAAGGCUAGAAUCUGCAACUGUGCAGCCUGAUAACAUAAAACAGCCAUUGUAACUUUCACUCCUCUGGUAUGCUCACAAUCAGGAAAAGAACAGGGCAGACAUACAGUAUUAUGCACAGGCUGUGCGUAAUACUGCAUGUCUAAUGCAGACAAUACAGCAUGAGCUUGUACUUAUGUUUCGUGUUGAUAUUGUUGUCCCUUUUGUUUAAAAAUUCAACAUAAUUGGGAUAGUUCAGUUAAAUACUGUCCUUUCUGCUAUCUCACAAGCUCAAUCAUGCUCCGAUAAAGCUGCGUCUAGGAACUACUACAGAGCACACACUUCGGUAUUUUCUUUUUUAUUCGUCUUUUUUUUGUGACAAAAGAUGAAGGGCCAUAGGGCAGUUUUCUUCCAGUAAGAGAUACUUUUAUGAAAAAAGAACUAAUAAUGGAUUACUUGAACUGCAAAACCAACACAUUAUGUGGCUAGUUAAAACAAAGAAGCAAUCCAAGUACUCUCACCAGUUACUUUGUUACCCAAACACUGUUGAGUGCAGUGACAACAAACAGCUGACACUGAGGCUGUUGCAGAGGCUACUGCAGUACAUUGGUUUUGAAUUGAAAAUGGGAGCUAACAGCACAAAAAUGGCUAUGGACACAAGCCAAGUUAUCAAGUUAAUAAACCUGUAGCUAGAUAAAUCUAAACAUGAUUAAUUAUACGGAUAAAUCUAGGUUUCUUAAAAUGACAAAACAUGUUGUACUAAAGAAUUUUGACUCAAAAAGAGGCAUUCAAGGCUCAAACUUUUGGGACUCAAGCUAGAUUUGAGUAACACGCAGGUGUUAGAAUGCUGAACCAGCUUGCUGUGUCACUGAUGGUGUAGAGCUUAUCUUCUUUUUUGUUAGCUUGUUAACAUGUAAAAUGUUGAGGGAGGGGGUCAGAUAAUUUUGUUCAGGUCCUGCCCGUUGGAUACCAUGGGAAUUUCAGCUCGUAUAACAAAAAAAUGCUCCUUAAAUUAAUUGCUGGCCCUUAAUUUAAAUUGGAAAGUCAGCACCCAUCAGUGAUCUUUAGAAUCACUGCCAGUAAGAUAAAUGGAGGUUGGAAAGUUGGAUAGUUUUAAGGCUCAACCAGCCGUGCCGGUUUUUGUUUAUGGGGGUGAUGACUAUUUUGGGAGUGUCUAUGAUUUCGCACAAUCAAACAGCAGUUUAUCAAGCAGUCGGUGGAUAUAUCAGCAAACGAAGCUUCUUAUAUUAACACGCCUGCUUAAAGGGAAAAGUGUUGUUCAGUUGAGCUUUGGCUUUAUUGUAGCUUUUAUUACUGGUGACUUUUACUUGACAUUAAGUGUGAAAUGUUUGUUUUUUUGUUGUUUAGCUUUCAAGCACAAGUCAAACAUAUGGCUGUAAACUAAGAGUGCUAUGAAAAGAAAGUUGCAUCUAUAGAGAGAAUCCAGCUGCCAAACCAAAGUGUGUAUUUUCAGUUUGUGUAUGAUCUUAAAGCAUUUACCGUGGAUUAAAUUAAGAGAGGAUGUUGCAAUACCAAACAGAUUUCAAAUACGUGGCUUAAUAAAGUACGGGUUACUUUUGUUGGAAAUGAUUCAUUUUAAGUACAUAUGUUUAAUUGGCUUGUUUAGUGUUUUCUGUCGUAUGCUGUGUCAUAUUUAAUCGUUGCUUUCAAGUAUUGGCUGGAGAGCUACGUUAAAGUUGCAGCAAUACAAGCACGAUGGAUUUUAGUCUACUGUGCCUCUGGAGGUCCCUGAUUUUUAAACAGAAGGAGACAAAGAAAGGUUGUAUUAAUAGUCAUUGUUGCAGAAGUCUGCAGUUUUAUUAUUCAGGAACCCUAUGCAAGAAAGAGAGAAAUCAAUCAGAAGCCUUAUUGAGUAGAUCUCAGAGUAUUUGUCCAUCUGAGUUCUCCUCAGAGGAGUCACAGAGCGAGUCGAGUAUUAAAUGCUGCUGAAGGACGAGGUCAAAACCAGAAAGAUGUUUAGAAAAUCUCAGCUUUGUUGGUGUAUCUCUCUUGUGCUCUCUUUGUAAGAGAUUCAAUGUAUUUGACCCCUGGUAGGGUUACAAGUUAAAGGUUUUAGCUCCAUUUUACACUUUUUUCUUGUUUUUAUCUGUCUUCAGUGUGCUUGAAUAUGAGAAAAUAUUCACAUCACCGGUCUUUCAAACCGCUCAUUCAUUUGAUGUGUGUUUUUUAUGUGUGUUUUAUGAAUGCUGUGUUUUUGUGUACUGUGGAAACACGCCUGGGCUUGUUGCUCAGGCUGCCUAGCUUUGGUUUUUCUUUCUUUAUCAUUUACAGGAGAUGUAAGCAAACCUGUUACACUUUCACCUCCUUCCUUUUAGACUUGAUUCUUUGUUCAUUUGUUUUCUGAUGUUGAACAAAGCUGAAUUUGUGUUGUGUGAUUCAUUUCUAUUUAUUCUGUGUGUUCAUGGACCUAAAACAGGCUGUGUGAUUUGUGCUUAAGUGACAGUUUGUAUCAUUUUGUAAAGUAUUUCA